AUGGAAACAAAAUCUUUAGAAGAUCACAUGUUAAAAUUACAAAAUCUCUGCCGCAUUUGUGGAGUUUCCUUUAAUACUAACAGUUAUGACAUGAAGUACCCAGUCAAUGGCCCUGUUGAUCAUGUCACACAAGAGGUUCUUAAGAAAAUGGGGCAUGGAAACAGUUUUUGGCCAGAACUCAUCCACAAUACAUUUAAUGUAGAUGUCACGACAGAUUCAGAAGCCAGACAUCCCACCCACUUCUGUCAUAGUUGUUGGCGGAUUGUCAUUCAGACAAUUAACAAUCCAACUAAUGAAGAUGCAUUCUUUCCCGUAAGCACAAUUGUUCAGUGGAAACCACACUCCAGUUUUUGCAAUGUUUGCAACUCUGCAAGUGGAACACGUAAACGCAAAGUUCUCAAACUGAGUGCACCAGGCACCAAGAAGCCUAAAGUAACAGUUGAUGUGCCUAUCAAAUCAAGAGUUAUUAAAAGAAAAGAUAAAAUAAAUUCAACAAGUAUCUUACUGGCUAAAAAGAUUGUGAACUGCAAGAAGAUGCAUCUAAGUUCAAAAGUCCUUCUGCAUGAUUAUCCCAAUAACUUUAUUCAGUCAGUGUCAUGCCAGGUUUGUGAACAUUUAUUAGUUGACCCUGUGCAGUCACUGUGCAAGCAUCUCUUCUGCAGAACAUGCAUUCUCAAAUGCACUACAGUACUUGGAAAAUUUUGUCCAGUUUGCAGGUUUCCAUGUGAUCCUGCAGAGUUUAAAAGUCCAGUGAAAUCAUUCAUAAGUGUUCUCAAUUCAUUAGUUCUAAAAUGUCCUGUGGAAGCCUGUGAAAAAGAGGUAAGAUUUGGUGAAUAUCCCAAACACACCCAGAAUCACAAAAAAACAAGAAUGUCACAGAGCUAUUCACCAAUAAACAAAGGUGGCCGGCCUAGGCAACAUUUGCUCUCUCUAACUCGCAGGGCUCAAAAACAUCGUCUACGAGAUCUCAAACUUCAGGUUAAGGCAUUUGCAGAAAAGGAGGAAGGUGGUGAUGUGAAGUCAGUAUGCCUUACUCUGUUGUUGCUGGCAUUGAGAGCUGGAAAUGAGCAUAGACAAGCAGAUGAACUGGAAGCUCUCAUGCAAGGUCAUGGAUCAGGGCUGAAGCCAGGAGUCUGCCUUGCCAUUAGGAUUAGUACGUUUCUGAGUUGCAGUCAGUAUCAUAAAAUGUAUAAGACGGUCAAAGCAGCAACUGGGAAGCAGAUAUUCCAACCACUGCAUGCACUCCGGAAUACAGAGAAAACAUUGUUGCCAGGUUAUUAUUCAUUUGAAUGGGAGCCUCCUCUUGCAAAUGUCUCCACCAACACUGAAGUGGGAAUAAUAGAUGGUACAUGUGGCUGGGCACAAUGUGUUGACGAUUACCCAUUGGAAACAAUUUCGAGAAGAUUUAGGUACGAUGUGGCGAUUGUUUCAGCACUGAAGGAUCUUGAGGAUCAUAUUUUGGAAGGUUUAAAACUCAAAAAUAUAGAUGAGUAUGUGGGUGGACCUUUCACUGUAGUAAUCAAAGAAUCUUGUGAUGGAAUGGGAGAUGUUAGUGAAAAACAUGGAUGUGGUCCUUCAGUUCCAGAAAAGGCAGUGAGGUAUUCAUUUACAAUCAUGAGUAUAAGUGUAGCGAAUGAAAAUAAUGAGAAGGUGAAAGUAUUUGAAGAGCUGAAGCCAAAUUCUGAAUUGUGCUGCAAGCCUCUUUGCUUGAUGCUGGCAGAUGAAUCUGACCAUGAAACUUUGACGGCAAUAUUGGGUCCACUAAUCACAGAAAGGGAAGCAAUGAAACACAGUGACUUAAUCCUUGAAAUUGCAGAAAUACCUAGAUCCUUCCAGAUUGUCUUUAGAGGCACAGGGUAUGAUGAGAAGCUGGUUCGUGAAGUCGAAGGCCUUGAAGCUUCAGGCUCUACGUACGUGUGUACGUUAUGUGAUUGCACUCGAAGUGACGCUUCGCAAAAUCUGAUCUUUCACUCUAUAACAAGGAGCCACGAAGAGAACUUAGAGCGCUAUGAAAUUUGGCGCACAAAUCCAUAUCAUGAGACAGCUGAACAGUUACGCGACAGAGUGAAAGGGGUUUCAGCAAAAGCAUUCAUUGAAACACUGCCCUCCAUAGAUGCUUUGCAUUGUGAUAUUGGGAAUGCAACAGAGUUCUUCAAGCUGUUCCAGGAUGAGAUUGGGGAGGUGCACAAAAAUCCAAAUCCACCUAAGGAGGAAAAGAAAAGGUGGCAAGCAAUGCUCGAUAAACAUCUAAGAAAAAAGAUGAACCUGAAACCGGUCAUGAGGAUGAAUGGAAACUUUGCAAGGAAACUAAUGACUAAUGAGACUGUGGAAGCAGUUUGUGAAUUGAUUCCCUCCGAAGAAAGACGAGAGAUUCUCAGGGAGCUGAUGCAUCUUUACACUCUUAUGAAACCUGUGUGGCGAUCCACAUUCCCACUCAGAGAGUGCCCUGAACUUCUUUGUCAAUACAGCUUUCAUUCCCAGAGAUUUGCAGAACUGCUUCAUACAGAGUUCAAGUACAGGUACGAUGGCAAGAUCACCAACUACCUUCAUAAGACUUUGGCUCACGUCCCUGAGAUCAUUGAAAGGGAUGGCUCUAUUGGGGCAUGGGCAAGUGAAGGAAAUGAAUCAGGCAACAAACUCUUUCGGCGUUUCAGAAAAAUGAAUGCAAGGCAGUCUAAGAGCUAUGAGUUGGAAGAUAUUCUGAAGCACCACUGGCUGUAUACUUCAAAGUAUUUACAGAGGUUUAUGGAUGUGAACCAUGAAUUGAAAAAUGAACCAGGUCCAUUUGUACCAGAAGAAUUAAUCAGCCAACAUGAUCCAAUAAAUUCAAUAGAUGAUGAUUCCCUUUUUUUUAAGUUGAGUUCCUGA